AUGCCUCUCCUCGGUCCCAACAUGGAAAGCAGGAAUCAAGCGUUCCAGGCCCUCAAGCCUCAAUGCGUCGCCCUCAGCCAAGCUGCGCUCACUGCCAACGGACAAGCACGAAGCUUCUCGACCAUCAUCGAGCUUUUAGAACGAUUGAAAGGCACCGUUUUCAAGCUUUCAGUCCCUGGCCUGUUGGAUGCCAAGCUUGCCGACUACAUCUUCUUCCCUCUAUCUCAAGUCCUGAAACUAAGCAACCGGCUGACAAUUCGAUGUCUGGAGCUCAGCUUGCAAUGCCUCGCCGCGCUUGUGGCCCACGGAUGGCGGCAGAACAUAGAGCCGCAGCUCGCUGCACAGAUUGUCAUCCUCUGUACUCUCAUGGCUGAGCGCAAGCCCAAGGGCUUUGCAUUCGACGAGAGUACGGACGAGCUUCAAGCUGCUUCUCUUCAUUGUCUACAUCAUGUGUUUGAUGCUGCAGGCAGGAGUCCGUCAUGUCAGGCAUCUUUCGUAUCAGAAGCCAACUUCCCACAGCUUGGUCAAACUAUCACUGUCGUCCUCAAAGGUAUCAGUGACGCCCCUUCAUUAGAGCCGCAGCUUGCAGCGACAGAAGCUCUGGAGGCUUUGACAGAUGGUGUCAUGACGAAAGAGGCAUGCACGUCUUUCUUGCCGGGCUUAGUAGGCAAUCUGACAAAAGUCUUGACGCCAACUACCAAGCAACGGCGAAACCAUCAAGUGCUCAUAGGAUGUAUGAACAUCUUCACUAACCUCGUCCGAAAGACCUUAUCCGAUGAGUCUACUUCCGGCAAACGUCUAGAGUCUAGCAAAACCACUGAGUUCGUCGCUUCCAAGGGAUGGGAGGAGACAGCCGCGAAGAAGCUCGAGCCCGCGUUAAGAUCCAUUAUGUGUUUACAGAGCCACCCCAGAGACGAUGUAACGGGGGCGCUUGCGAAGCUCUGUCUGACACUACUUGAAUAUUGCCGCAAAUCCCUUGCAGAUUGUUCUGCUCCUGCCAUAGAGGCACUGCUAUCACUAUCACUGCCUGAGGACCAGAGCUCAGUGCGCAUGGAACUCGAGCGUCUCGUCGGUGCCGACUCGACACUGUGUGAGCAACUACAGACUGUUGUCUACGACAAGCUACGAUCAUUGCCUACUGCAAUGCAGUCAUCCGAUGAGCAGCUCAAGAUGCGAAGGAUCGAGCAGGUUCAGGCUGCGUAUGAAUUGCUCAACGAUAUUGGAGCAGACAACUCAAUUCUGGAUAAAGUCCUUGCAAGUGCUCUGCGAGAUAGUGUCGUUAUCACCCUGCAGGCCUCUCGCAAGAGCUCAGACGUCAUCUCAACCCACUCGUCUAGUGUGCAAUCGAUGGAUUUGACAAAUCUUGAUGGCAACCGAUGGAGCACCGAAUAUGGUCAGUCAAUGGUCACUUAUAAGGGACAAGCAGGAGUACUAGACCGCAUAGAGAGCUUCGUCCGUAUCGUCAGCAAGUCUGCAGCCUCGUCAGCACUUGUCGCAGACACUUCACGUUCUCUGCGUCUGUCUGAAGGCGAUACCCAGCUAGCGGACUUCUGGUUGUUGUUAAUAGUCAAACAGUCAGCGACACAAGUCAGCGACGUCGUGACCGACUUUCUUGAUCUUGGCGAUCACGAUGCUUCGCCUCCGACUGAAGCCCUCGAAGAGAUCUACGCCUUUGCAUUGAGCGUACUCAAUAGUACCUCUAACGACGACGCUUCACCCGAUGCUCGGAUGUGCUCACUAGCACUGCGGACUGUAGCGCUUCGGGCACAACAUGCCGGCAAGGAUUUCCGCUACGAGCUCAUCGACGCUCUAUAUCCAGUCCUACAUAGCCUGGCAACACCGGAAGAUGUACUCCAGCGCGACAGCACCACCACUCUCACCAUCAUCGCCCAAGCUUGCGAGUACUCGUCCGUCCGUGAACUCAUCGUAGAGAACGUCGACUACCUGACCAACAGCGUGGCACUGAAGCUCAACGCCUUCGACAUCUCGCCUCAAGCGCCACAGGUGCUGCUUAUGAUGGUCAGUCUGGCCGGGCCGAGUCUGUUGCCGUUUCUAGAGGACACGAUUGACAGCAUAUUUGCUGUACUUGAGAGUUAUCAUGGGUAUGGUCUGCUGGUUGAGCUGCUGUUCAGAGUUUUGGCCGUGGUUGCUGAGGAAGGUGCUAAGGCGCCGGCGCUUGUUGAGGGUGCAAAGAAAGCUCUUGCCGCCGCUGGGUUCGCUGAAGAGGAUGCCUUGAGACCGAUCAGCAUUGCUAAUGUGGCUGAGCUACUGAAGGAGAAAGCAAUGGAGGAGAUGAAGACGAAUGCAUAUGGCUCAAGUGUGGGUGAAGGUCAUCCAAAACGACCAUGGAAAGACCCUGAGCAGUCGGAUGAUGGGACCAGAGAUGGGGAGCAAGAUGAAGAAGACGCCCAGGACCAGCAGAUUGACGACGCCGACGUCCCACCGCCGGCUCCGAAGACCUAUCAAAUCUUGUUCAAGAUCACUGAGCUCACGCAGCACUUCCUGCCCUCGGCCUCUCCAUCACUACGCACAAAUCUGCUUUCACUGACUCGCACGACUGUUCCCGCGAUAGCUCGGCACGAGAACUCGUUUCUGCCACUCAUCAAUACUCUCUGGCCGGAGAUCGUUAGUAGACUGGAAGAUGAAGAAAUGCACGUACAGGCCGCGGCACUCGACACAGUUGCUGUAUUAUGCGAGCACGCCGGGAACUUCAUGCGAAGUCGGAUUGUGCGUUUGUGGCCUCUCUUGCUCGAAAUGCAUGCGAGGUUAGUGAAGGAGAUUUUGUUCACAGGUUACGGUGCUGGCAAAGCUGGGUAUAAGGAGCAAGAGACUCAUAAGCCAGGUGCGGUUGCAUUGGUUUCGCACAACAACGGUCUGCACAAUGCUGUAGCAAGGCUGGAGUCCUCACCAGUAGAUUACACGAACACAAACCUGCGUCUAUUGUGGACAGCACUCGUCAGUACGAUCACCGCUUCUGUGCGCUAUGUCGCACCUUCGCCAGACAAUUUCGAUGAAGCUCUGGACAUGCUUGCGCCUGUGCUGGAACAAGAAGAUAUCCGACAGGCACUAGAGAAGGAGAACGCAGAUGCUGUAUGGCUGGCGAGGAUCAGAUCGGGUGCGCUUGCUCAUCCAGUCGUGCCAUUGGUUCCUGCUGGAUGCCAGUGGGCAUUUGCUAUGGUUGCAGGAUGA